AUGACCCCGACCACCCCGUUCACCAUCAACGUCGCGCCCCAGACAGACCUCUGGCGCAAGCCCCCGUCCACCAACUCGACCAACGCUCCCAUCGUUUCCUUGACGAAGAUCCCGCUCUCGCAAUUCCGCUCCGCACGCGUGUCUUUUCGCGCGUCUUGGAAGUACCGCUACGACCAGGGCGGGCUGGCGUUGUUCCUCACUGCGCCGUCCUGGGCCAAGAACAAGUGGGUCAAGGCGGGGGUAGAGUUCUACCAAGACCGUGCUCAGAUGAGCGCUGUGACGACGGAUGGCUGGUCCGACUGGAGUCUGGCGCCAUUGAAGGAGGAUGACGGGUCCAAAGGUAUUGCCACGGUGGAGGCGAGGGCGGAAGGAGACGAGCUGGGAAGAGGACUGUGGAUUUAUCAGAUUUUGACCGACUCUGAGGGGAAGGAGGUCGGGCGCGUGCCGCUUAGAGAGUGCGCGUGGUUCUUCGCGGAGACGGAAGGGGUGGAGAUCGAGAUUACAGCUGCAGCCGCGCGACCGGCGGAAGGUUCGGGCUCAAGAGACACGCUGGAGGUCGAGUUCGUCGAUGUGAAGGUGGAGACGGCGUAG